AUGUUCUACAGUUUUGAGACCCAGCGGCCACUGGCCAAACGUCGCAAGGUCAGCCGAGCCUGCGACUUCUGUCGAGCCCAGCGAGUGCGAUGCGAUGCGUCUACUCCAUGCUCCCAAUGCGAGUCAAACAAAGUCCUCUGCAGUCGUAUCCAAACUCCGGAGAGAGGUUCGAGUAGAGGGGAUCCUCUUCCGCGACAAGCGGGGCCAGUCCCACGUCGAACUGCCUCUGCUUCUGAUAGACCCAAGGACCAUGGAGCGCAAGCCUUAACUACGCCGCAAGAGACACCGGUCUCGGGGCAUGGCGAUGGCCCAAGACAUUUGGAUAGAAAUAACCCUCGUUUCCGACAAGCGGGGCCAGACUUAUCUCGAAUUACUUCUGCUCCUGAUAGGGCCGAGGAUGAUGGAGCCCAAGACUUGAUUACGCCGCAAGAGACGCCCUCGGGCUAUGACAACAGCAAAAGUGCCCAGCGAGAUGAAUCUGCGUCGAUAAACAGUCGACUGGAGUCAAUGAUGGGGUUUAUCUCUCGUCUGAAUGCGUUCUGCUCUGGAAUGUCGCAGCUCUCGCAGACAUCGCCAGAUGACCCCCCUCCGGCCUACACAUCGCCGUUCGGCCCGCAUCUUCUAGACGGGGCUCAUCCGACAGAGUGCGACCUCACCCCUGUCCAGGUAAACCGUCUUUCAGAAUUAUUCUGGACCCGUUUGCACCCGCUGAUUCCUAUACUCGGUCCUGAAGACUUGAAGUCCCACCCGCCACUCCGGGACGCAGUGACGGCGUACGCAAUGCAGUAUGCGUUCUAUUCGGGGCUCCAUUCCCGGCUGCUGGGGUUCCAAUGGAAGCAGUUCUCAAAAGACAAUCGAUGCUCUAGAGUAAUCGGCAUGUCGUACUUACAGCGCUGUCUAGCCAGUGCGACGCAAUACUCGAUCUUCGCGGAGCCGUCCCUCCCCAUUCUCCAAUCCUACUGCAUCAUGACCCUCUACCUCCUCGACGCCGGCCAGCACCAAGCAGCAUAUAACAUGAUCGGUCUGGCGGUUAGGAUGGCUCGAUCGCUGAACUUCGACAGCGAUGCUCCUGUCGGUGUCUCUCCCGAGGAAAUGGACCUCACAUCCCGCAUCUGGUGGACACUAGUUCAUCUGGACUUUCGCUGCUCGAGACACCUUGGCAAGCCGUUUAGUGCCCAGCUCCCUAUCAUGAGAUCCACGCCACCAUGUCGUCUAUCAGACAGUCCACCGGGAUCAGACUACUUCCCAUACCACACUCAAUCUAUCCAACUAACGUAUCUAGCUCUCGGAGUUAUUGAAUCAAUUGCCCGAGAUAAAACCCCCAACCGAACCCACGACGCAGAAUCUCAAGCGCAAGCCCUAACCCGGAAUCUCUGGCGACUCGAUAAAUGGCGAAACGCUCUCCGACAGCACGACUGGUUCCAGCACCUCCGACUCGACGUGCCUGAAAUGCCCCAACAAUCUGGGUCCCUGCCAACCGAAACCACAGACUCCAGCAGCAACAACUACAUGAAUCGCCCCCCACUACAGCACCAACUCUCCACUCUCUUGGAACUCCAAUACCGUGACAUUAUCAUCAGCCUGCACCGCGUCUUCAUCCAAUUUCCCACCCAACCCCUCGUCCCUAGAAGUAGUCCCCAAGCCGAAGCGCACGCCGCGACAGCACUCAAACAUGGCCUAGCGACGAUCGAAACCGUCCAUCGCUGCAUGUCGCAAACAGACCUGUUCUUCGGGUCUUGCGAGAUCUACCAGUACCAGUGGAAUGCUGUCCUCACGUUAAUGGGCUUCAUGCUUGCGUAUCCGUUCUGUCACCGCUGUCCAAUGGCAAGAGGGUAUAUUGAUAUGGCGCUGGAGACGUUCGAGUUUGCGGGCCCGAAGAAUGAUGUUGCUGUUAGAGCGGCUUGUUUGACAAGGCAUCUUCGUGCUAAGGUGGAUAAGUUGACGAUGAUUUUGAACAUUGAUUAUCGGAAGGCGGCUGAGACGUCGGCGAAGUCGGGGACUGUUCCUCUGGAUGAUGUUCAUGUUCGUCUGGGUGGUGGUUUAGAUAGGAAUUCUACGACUGAUGGGGGCUUGGGCCUUGGGUCGGACCUGGGACAGGGGGGUGGUGGUGAUGCGCUGUGGUCUUGGGUCGAUCUGAUUGAUCUUGAUGCUUGGCCGAAUUAUUGCGAUGAGGUCAAUGAGGUAUUUACGGGGUGUUCGGAUGCGGAUUUGUUUCAGAAUGCUUUCUACUCUUAA